GGUCCCGGCGGUCCCGGCCAUGCUGGCGGCGCGGGGAGCGGGCGCGGCGUUGCGGCGGGGGCGGCUGCCCGCGGCGGGGACCGGGGCGGGGGCCGUGCAGCCCCGGGGCUCCCCCCGCCCCGCCGGGUGCCCGCCGCGCACCGUGGACCUGCGGAGCGACACGGUGACCCGUCCCUGCGCCGGGAUGCGCCGCGCCAUGGCCCGCGCCGCCGUGGGCGACGACGACUACGGGGAGGACCCGGCGGUCAACGAGCUGCAGCGCCUGGCCGCAGGGAUGCUGGGGAUGGAGGAGGCUCUUUUUGUGCCCACGGCCACCAUGGCGAACCUCAUCGCCGUGAUGUGCCACUGCCAGCGCAGGGGAGCCCAGCUGCUGCUGGGCCGGGACGCCCACCUGCACGUCUACGAGCACGGUGGAGCCGCACAGGUCGCUGGCGUCCACUCCCAGGCACUGCCAGACCUGCCAGACGGCACCUUUGACCUGGACCAGCUGGAGCUGACCAUCCGUGAGGCCCACAGCAGCCGGUACCACCCGCGCCCCGAGCUCAUCUGCCUGGAGAACACGCACAGCUCGGCGGGGGGCCGGGCGCUGCCCCUCGCCUACCUCCAGCAGGUCCGUGGGCUCGCUGACCGCUACGGGCUGCGGGUGCACAUGGACGGAGCGCGGCUGAUGAACGCGGCGGUGGCCCAGGAUGUGGAGCCAGCUCGGAUCACCCGGCACUGUGACUCUGUGUCCCUGUGCUUCUCCAAGGGCCUGGGCGCCCCGGCCGGCGCGGUGCUGGCCGGACGCCGGGAGUUCAUUGCUGAGGCCUGGCGUGCGCGGAAGCUGCUGGGCGGGGGGAUGCGGCAGGCAGGCGUGCUGGCAGCCGCUGCCCGCGUCGGGCUGGAGCACGCGGCCGCGACGCUGCGCAGAGACCACGACAACGCCCGACGCUUCGCUGAAGGCAUCCAGGAGCUGAACUCGCCCCUGUGCUCGGUCAACCUGAUGGCGGUGGAGACAAACAUCGUGAUGGUGAGCGUCAGGGGGGGCUGGCCGUCCCCCGCCGAGCUCUGCGAACACCUGCAGGCUGUGAGUGAGGAGGAGUUGGCCGAGACUGGCCAAGCUGUCAGCGUCCUGCUGUUCCCCUGGUCGGCACACACCGUGCGCGCCGUCUGGCACCGUGAUGUCUCGGCCCGUGACACCGAGCUCGCAAAGAACAAGCUGGAGUUUGUGGCUAGGAAGUGCCAGGAGAAGCUGGCCCUGGGACUGCACCCGACUCCUCCGAGCGCAGGGGGAGCCUGAGCAUCCCCCCAGCCCCAGCCCGGGGCAGCUGCUCCCCUGGUGCUGCAGGCGAGCUGGGCUCUCCCGGCUCUGUCCCAGCAGCCAGCAGCAGAGGGGCUGGGACCAGCCACAGCGUGCUCUAGGCACGUUCCCAGCCAGCUGCAGCACAGCGUCCACCCCUGCGUGCAGCCCAGCCCCGGGAAACCCCAGCCCACCCCCAAAGUGGGAGCACCGCACCUCCCCGGAGGGAGGGAGCACCUUCGCAGACAUGCCGAGGGGCAGUGGGGAGCCCACAUCUCACGCCACCGCCCAGACCCAGCAAACACAGCCUCAGAGCACCAUCUAGUCCUCGACAGCAGCUCUGCUUCUGUAACUCAGGUCCUGCACCCAAAAGCAGAGCCAGACACCUCCCACCCCAAAGGCCACACGCUGCGCCUGGCCCAUGCGCACCGCACGUGUGCAGGGAUGCUGCAGCAAGGAGACAGAUCCCGAGGGAUGCUAGGGGCUCAAAAUAAACAUG